AAUGGAGGUCAGUGGAGGGAUUGGCAGAGAGGGGUGGAGGACACUGAAUGGGGUCAGUGGAGGGAUUGGCAGAGAGGGGUGGAGGACACUGAUGAAGGCCAGUGGAGGGAUUGGCAGAGAGGGGUGGAGGACAAUGAUUAGGGGUCAGUGGAGGGAUUGGCAGAGAGGGGUGCAGGACACUGAAUGGAGGUCAGUGGAGGGAUUGGCAGAGGGGUGGAGGACACUGAUUAGGGGUCAGUGGAGGGAUUGGCAGAGAGGGGUGGCAGACACUGAGUGCAGGUCAGUGGAGGGAUUGGCAGAGAGGGUGGCAGACACUGAGUGGAGGUCAGUGGAGGGAUUGGCAGAGAGGGGUGGAGGACACUGAAUGGAGGUCAGUGGAGGGAUUGGCAAAGAGGGUGGCAGACACUGAGUGGAGGACAGUGGAGGGAUUGGCGGUUAAAGAGGGGUGGAGGACACUGAGUGGAAGCCAGUGGAGGGAUUGGCGGAGAGGGGUGGAGGACACUGAAUGGAGGUCAGUGGAGGGAUUGGCAGAGAGGGGUGGAGGACACUGAGUGGAAGCCAGUGGAGGGAUUGGCAGAGAGGGGUGGAGGACACUGAAUGGAGGUCAGUGGAGGGAUUGGCAGAGAGGGGUGGAGGACACUGAGUGGAGGUCAGUGGAGGGAUUGGCAGAGAGAGGUGGAGGACACUGAAUGGUUGUCAGUGGAGGGAAUGACAGAGGGGGGUGGAGGACACUGAAUGGAGGCCAGUGGAGGGAAUGACAGAGGGGGGGUGGAGAACACUGAAUGGAGGCCAGUGGAGGGAAUGACAGAGGGGGUGGCAGACAGGGAGCGGUUGUCCAGACGUGAGAUAAUAAGGGA